AUGUCGGGUGAUGCAAUUGGAAUGAUGGAAGGGGCAUUCUUUGUGGGAAGAGGUGAACUACUCUCUUGGGCAAAUGAUACCUUCGGUUUAAGUUUAACUAAAGUUGAAUAAUGCGCAACAGGAGCUCUUUACUGCCAAAUUAUUGAUGCAGUUUUUCCUGGAACAGUUAGUAUGGCAAAAGUUAGAUGGAAUGCAAAGCAUGAUUAUGAAUUCGUAGAGAAUUACAAGGUGUUACAAUAAGCAUUCGCAAAGAACGAAAUUAAGAGAUAUAUCGAUGUAGAUAAGCUAGUUAAAGCUAAAUAUUAAGAUAAUCUUGAGUUCUUACAAUGGCUCAAGAGAUACUAUGACAUUAACUAUAAUGGAGAGCCAUAUGAUGCUGCUGGAAGACGUAAAGGUUAGGAUCUAUACUAUAUUUUAGGAGGAGGCAAAGUAGGCGGUAAUGCUGGAGUUGGCAGUAAACUACCUAACAAACCAUCUGCUUAAAAAUCAGCUGUUUCCUAGCCAUAAAAACUUACUCCAGGUCUUAAGUCCUCAGGAGGUAAUGCAAGUAUGGGAAGUGGAGAAAUGAAGAUACAAUAAUUGCAAGGUGAGGUAGUAGAAAUGAAGGUUAACAUGGAGACCCUGGAAAAGGAAAGAGACUUUUAUUUCAGUAAACUUCGUGAUAUUGAAGUCUAUCUUUAAGCUAACCCAGCCCUAAAUAACGACCUAACUGCAAAUGCUUUGAAAAUUCUCUACGCUUCAGAAGAAGAAAAAGUAGUUAUAAAUGAAGAUGGGAGCUUAACAAUCCAAGGAGCUGGGGAACUGUUAGAGUGA